AUGUCCCUCCCGAUCACGCCACCCUCACCGACAGAGGCCUUGUCCAGCCCCAUCGGGCCCUUCUCGCACCUGACGCCAUCGCCGCCCCACCAGCACCUGGCGUCGUCGCCGCUGACGCGGCUGUCAUCCGCGUCACUGCGCAACAUGACGUCAUCGCCACUACCUCAGAUCAACCCGUCGCACGACCCUUGCCUGCUGCCGUCUGGUUUAGACAGCCUCUCUUCACUUCCGGUUCCGUCGCCGAUGUCGUGCCUGAGCGGAAGUGACUGCGCCAACAACGUACCUCUAAAUCUGUCUUCGAGCGCCCGGGCCAACGACCCGAUCUCUACCAAGGAAAGGACAUUUCAGGUACCCGUUUGAACUUUUCUGAGACUUGUCAUAAUUACCCGUAGCAUGACGUAUACGCUAAUGUUCAGUAUCUUAACUAUUUAAUAAGAAAAAAAAAAAUUAGUGAGGCAAGAUCAGCAAAUCACCCCCCCCUCCCCCCGAUCCCAAUGUGUCCAUCUAAAUUUGUCCCGUGAAUCGGCUCCCUAAAUGUGACCCAUAAAUGUCCUCCCUGGACUGUCCUCCUUAAUUGUGUCCCCUAAAUAGGUUCUUUUUAAAUUGUCCCUUAAAUAAGUCCCUUGAGUGUCCCCAACACCUGUCUACACAAAUUUGUUUAAAUCAGUGGUUGCAUUUUUUCCCCCCUCCCUCCACAGUGUCGAGAUUGUGGUAAGAGGUUCAAGCGGUCCUCAACCCUGUCAACACAUAUGCUCAUACACAGCGACACCAGGCCGUACCCGUGUCCAUACUGUGGGAAGCGGUUCCACCAAAAGUCGGACAUGAAGAAACAUACGUACAUCCAUACCGG